AUGACUAUGAACGCUACAGGGUCUAAUCUGAAUGCCACCGCACCAACAGUAGAUAUAUCGGGCGAGGGUUAUGUGGAUAUGGUCGGUAUUAAAGCGCUGAAGACUAUCGUCAUUGUGAUCAUUUCGUUGGCGAUAAUUCUCAGCAAUUUUAUCAAUAUUACAGUGUUGAGGACAACCCAACAGAUACCAAAAGUUGCCAAAAUAUUUCUCACGAACUUAGGUGUCGCCGAUCUUUGCGUGGGGCUGGUAACUUGCUUGCCUUGCGUGGUGUCCGCUUCUACGGGUGCCUGGCCUUACGGCAUAAUUUGGUGUCAGAUUGCAGGGAUUCUUCACGGAACCUGUGUCACGGUGUCCAUCUGGACACUGGCCGUUGUCAGCAUAGAGAGGUUCUUCGCCGUCAUCUACCCACUAAAAUACAAAAACAAACUGAACAGGAACAAAUGUGUGGUAAUCCUGGUUUUUCUGUGGACGGCGGCCUUGAUAUCCUUCAUCUCUCCCAUGUUUACUGUCUCUGAUUUCAUUUACUACCACUUUACACCCGGUAACAGCAUGUGUGGUAUGUACUGGGAGAAUAUAUGGUUGUGUAUAGCGACAGGCGUUUACAUUCCGAUCUUAAGCGGGGGCAUUAUUCUAUUCACAACCGUUAGCAUAACGCGAGCGCUGAAAAAGUCGAGGCCCAUCGGCAACCAAGUAGCACCCGCGAGUAACAAUUCAGGUGCAGGGAAAGGCAACAAGAAACAAAAGGACGAGAAGGCUGUCAUGGUCCUUAUUACCACGACCCUGGUGUUCUUCACCCUCUGGGGACCAUACGUUGCCAUGGUGUACGCUGCUGCCUUCGACCACAACGUGAUUCUGCCGCCCUGGCUGGAGUUCGUGCUGACAUGGAUGGCCAACAGCAACAGUUUUGUCAACGUCAUCAUCUAUUCGGCAAUUUACGAGGCUUUUAGAACGGAAGCUAAAGCUUUGAUCCUAGCCACGCUACGUUGUCGCUGUUAUGUCAAACGACCAACAGCUCAGCAAAGCAAUUACACGGACGGAUCUGUAAGUUAG